AUAAAACCUCUGAUAGAAAUAAACAUACACAUUACCUCCAGCUAUCUCCCUUCUUUUUUCUAUCACCGUUGUUUUUAAUAUGCAUUACACGUGUUGUGGUUGACCGGCAUUGACCGGUACCUGUGUAAACAAAAACAUGUGAUUGAAAAUACUUUUUUGUUUUAAUUUGAAUCUUUUAUUGUAAUCUUGCGUUUUGUAAUAUAUGUUUACUUAAAUUUGAUACAAAUAAGACUGAUAACUAUAGUUAAUAAAUAUUAACAGGGAUACUAAAAAUAAAAAACGUAAACUCGUUACACAAACAACGUUUUAAUAUUUAAAACAAGCUCAUACAUAAUUCCAAUGUAUACAUGACUAUGGGAGCAGUAAUAUAUUUCACGGGAAUAAUCUUCAGUUUGAUAAUCAUGAAUCUCAUAGCAACACUACUUAAAAGAUAUUUGUUCACAUCAGUUCCAUUAAAACAGAACAACCCCCAGUACAAAUUAUUUAAAGAAAUUCCCACUUUGAAGUCAUAUCCUCUAAUAGGACAUUCCUACCUGUUUUUUCCUGGAGCUAAGUACAAAUCAGAACGUCUGACAGAGGCAUUUGUAGACAUCAGCAGAACAUUAGGUCCGAUUUUCAGACUACAAUUAGGUGCCACUGACAUGGUAGUUACUCUUAAUCCAGAUGAUUCUCGGACGUUAUUUCAAAAUGAAGGCCGCACGCCUAAGAGACCGGCAUUUGCAGCACUAGUUCAUUAUAGAACAAAAGCUUUUAAUAGCGUGGGUGUGGUCCCAGGAAAUGGGGAAGAAUGGUACAAAAUGAGGAAGGGUGUAACCCCUCUGUUACAACACCAAGUUAUCAAUCCAUACAAAAAACAACAACAAGAAAUUGCUAAAAUUUUCACUGACUAUGUGAAACUUCAUAGAGGGGAAAAUUUUGUACUACAAGAUAUUUAUUCACAUUUGUUAAAAUUUACAAUUGAGGCCAUUUCUGUGGUGUCUCCUGGUCAUCAUUUUCACUGCCUGUUUAAUGAUAAUGAAGAAACACAAACAAUUAUUGACGCUAGUAUCAAUUUCAUGGAUGGAUUGCACAGAAGUUUGAUGGAGCCACCAUUGUGGAAAAUAUGGAAAACUGCAGGUUACAAAAAAUUAGAAACGUCUCAUAACACGAUUUACAAAAUAUUAAGAUCACAUCUUGAAGAUAUAGAAAAACAGUAUCACAAAGAUCCUGAGAAACUAAAAGAGAUGCAUCCCUAUAUGUACUCUCUUUUCAGUAAUGAUCAAAUUUCAUUGGAAGAUAAGAUCAUGUUAGCUAUUGAAAUAUUUUUGGGUGGGAUAGAUGCAACAGCUACAACCAUUGCUUUCACUUGUCAUUAUUUGUCUCAAGAUAGGGACGUUCAGGAAAUUGCAAGAUCAAGUCUGUCAGAAGGGACAGACUUUCUCAAAGCUUGCAUUAAAGAAACUUUGAGAUUAUCACCCACAGCUGGUGGGAAUUCAAGAUAUUUAAUUAAUGAUACUAUAAUGAGCGGCUAUUUUGUGCCAAAAGAAACUUUAGUUUUAUCACUUCACUCAGGGCUCUCUAAAGAUAAUAAUAUUUUUAAUGAAGCAGAGAAAUAUUAUCCUCAGAGAUUUAUGAAAGACACUAGGGAGAAUUUCCAUAGAUUUGCCAGUUUGCCGUUUGGGCAUGGUCCAAGGAUGUGUCCAGGAAAGCGGGUGGCUGAAAAUGAAAUGGUUAUUUUGUUAGCUGAGAUUUUAAAGAACUUCGUGUUGGAGCCGGCUGGAAGUGACAACGUCGGAAUGGUUUUUAGGAUGAAUCGAAUACCUGACAGGCCAAUAAACAUAAAAUUCGUAAAUACAAAUCACUAAAUAUUUUAUUAUUUCAUUGUACAACAAUACAUGUUUUUUUCAAAAUUACACUAGUAUUAGUUCCAUUUACAUUUCCGUAUUUACAUUUUUAAAAGUAUAUUUUUGAUAUUGUUUAUAAUUUUGUACAAUAAAAAUCUGAUUAAAGCUUA